GAAGAUCAAAUCAAAUCGUGUUGGAAACGGAUCCCAUCGAAAGAAACUACAGACCGCGGUUGAUUGAUUGAUUUGUAUUUAACCACUACAUAGUUUCUUGUUUAGUUGUAUACAUUUCCAUACAAUAUUUCAAUAAACUGAUCUAUAUAACACUUGCACCACAAGUUGUACUCCGUAUCUAUAGCUAGAUAGAUAACAACGCCAUAAAGCGAAGGAAAACGAAACUAAACCAGCAAAGACAAAACUUCUAUCUUUUUCUAUUCUAAUCCAUUAAAAAAAUGUCCAGCUACGAAGACGACGAAGCUCUUUUCGAAGACAUCUAUGACGAUGAUAAUGAAGUCGCAAAGGAAAAGUCGACAGAGAAAAACAACGAAAACAAAGACGCUGAGACUGAGGCUGAAAAACAGGAUCAGAAGCCUGAGGCCGAAACUUCUGCUGCUUCCGUCCCUGAAGGUCUGACUUCUUCUUCCAAUCAAGCCGCUGCUACAGCCACUACAUCUACUUCUGUGUCUGAAGAUCAGCAGCAACCAAAUUUGCAACCUCCUGCAGCUGCUUCUCAACAAGCAGACCAAUUGCAGCAGACUCAACAGAACCAACCGAUUGGCCAGCACCCUUUCAAUUCUUCUCUCUCUUCCUAUACUGGCCAACCAGCAUAUCCUGGCGCUGAUCCCAACCUCCACCAACAGUAUCCACCUGUUCCUCCUCCUCCACAGCCUCCUGUUCAACACCAGCCUUCUAGCAUGGGCAGGGAAACAGGAAAAAUGUUCAUUGGUGGCCUCAAUUGGGACACCACAGAGGAAGGCUUGGUUCUGUACUUUUCCAAGUUUGGAGAAGUUGUAGACUACACCAUCAUGAAAGACAACAACACCGGAAAAUCACGUGGGUUUGGUUUCUUGACCUUCAGAGACCCAAAGUCUGUAGACGAAGUCAUCAAGACUGACCACAUCUUGGACGGGAAGUUAAUUGAUCCCAAGAGAGCCAUUGCCAGAGAAGAGCAGGACAAGGUAGGCAAGAUUUUUGUAGGUGGUAUCGAUCCAAUGGUCAACGAAAAGGAGUUCCAUGACUUCUUUUCGCAAUUCGGAAGUAUCAUCGACGCCCAGUUGAUGAUUGAUAAAGAUUCCGGUAGAUCCAGAGGGUUUGGAUUCAUUACGUUUGACUCGCCUGAUGCCGUGGACAGAGUCACUGUCAACAAGUUUUUGACGUUGAAGGGCAAGGCCAUGGAGGUCAAGAGAGCGGAACCUAGAGGCCAACAUCAGCAAAACCAAAUGCAACAGCAGCAACAGCAGCAGCAGUACAAUUACAACUACGGUAACCAAUACGGUCAAGCUUAUCCUCAAAUGGCUUAUGGUCAACAGCAGAUGGCCCCUGAAAUGGUCGAAUAUUGGCAAAGAAUGCAACAGUGGUUUAUGUUCCAGCAACAGGCCCAGGGUGCUGGUGGUGAACAAAAAGAUGUGGAACAACCUGGCCAACCAUUGAACCCACAACAACAAGCCAACGAACCUGAAGGUGAUCCAGAGCAAAAUUCCGACAGAAACAAUGAAAAUGCUAAUGAUGACUACAGAGGUGGCUAUGACAACGGCCAAAGGGACCAAAGGAGAAUGAACUUGCCAAAGGGCCCAAGAAGGGCUCCACCUUCCGGUCCUUCUGGCAGCAGAGGAGGAAGAGGAGGGUACCACAAGAGAAGUAGAGGCUACCAUCCUUACAACAGAGGUGGUAGAAGAUAGUUUAUACACCGCACAGAAAGUAAAAUACAGGCACAUCACGGUUAUAUUUUUAUUAAGAUUACACCUAUUUAUCCGUUAAGUUAUCGUUAUUUAGUAAUACUAUUGCUAUUAAUGUUGAUUUCAAGUUGCAAUGUCAUCUAUUUAUCUAUUUUUUCAUGUCACCGUUAUAUAGUACAGCCAUUAUCAAAAAUACAAUCCUAA